CGACAGAUAGGCAAUCCGAAGUCGACAGCACUUUUUCGUACCACUGUGAAGCUUGUAUGGUACAGGCACCGGCCUUAGAGUCUGUCCAUCAUUCAUGUCGACAUGGGAACUGGAAAAUCCCAGCCUCGCGUAACCUGAAUCUCCCAAUGGUGUACGAUACUGUAACACCCUGUCUCAACCACCGCCAUGAUAAACCUCGGUCUCCAACGCAUCAGUGCUCUCCUCAACCCGCUGUUCACCACAUACCCCAAUACUCUGCCGUGGAAAGCAAUUCACAUCGCCGGCACCAACGGUAAAGGCAGCGUCGCCUCACUCGUUUCAACUUUCCUGUCCAACUCAGGCUACAGUGUCGGUCGUUUCACUUCUCCCCAUCUGAUCGACCGAUGGGACUGUAUCACGUUGAACCAGCGUGUCGUCGAACGCGACCGCUUCCUCGCUGCCGAGGCUAAAGUUAGAGAGCGCAGCGCGAGGGACAACGUCGGUGCUUCCGAAUUCGAGGUCCUCACGGCCACCGCGUUCGAAUUGUUCACGGACGAAAAGGUAGAUGUAGCCGUCGUUGAAUGCGGUCUUGGCGGACGACUGGACGCCACUAAUAUCCUAAGACAGGGAGAUGUGUUGGUCAGUGUACUGGCCAAGGUCGGCCUGGAUCAUACGGAGUUCCUGGGCGAUACGAUUGAGAAAGUGGCCAGGGAGAAAACCGGAAUUUUUAAAGCUGGGGUGCCGGUCGUUGUGGAUGGGAGUAAUGCACCAGAAGUCCUGGACGUGGUGCGGCAGCGGAUGGCCGCGUUGGGAAGCAGCGAGGGCGCAUUCGUGCUCGAUGAACAGCAGAGCAGUGUGCUUCUCAGCAAAAGCGUUGCGAGACUGGGGCUGGCAAAACAUCAAGAGCAGAACUUACGGACGGCGUGGACGGCUUAUUAUCUCGCUGAGCAGCGUAUGGCAGAUGUGAGGUCACGGGAGGGAACGAAACCCGGAAUUGACUCGAUGCAUAAUAUCAACAGGACAGAACAGAAGAUAUCAGAGUUGAUACGCCUGGCACAAGCUUCGUUGCGUGGACGACUUGAGUGGCUCACGCUCCCUCCUCAUUUUCUCCCACCAGAACUCGACGACAGGCAAACGCAAGCCAAGGUUCUCCUCGACGGCGCACACAAUCCUCAAUCAGCAUAUGCGCUGGCGUCAUAUGUUGACACCAAUGUACGCGGCACAUCUGGCCACAUGACGUGGGUCAUUGCAGUCAAGAAUGACAAAGAAGUCCGGACAAUCCUGUCAAUUCUACUGAGACCGCAGGACAAUGUCGUCACCUGCUCAUUUGGACAAGUCGACGGGAUGCCAUGGGUGAAGAGCAUGGAUGCUGUCGCGCUCGCAGAGAUUGUCAGAGAGUCUUCUCCUACGACUGGCAUUGUGGAAGCUGCUGAGAGUGGGAGUGUGAAAGCAGCCAUAACGAGGGCAGUCAGGAUUGCCGGACAAGGUCCGAUCUGUGUCGCGGGGAGUUUGUACCUCGUGGGCGACGUCUUGCGGUUGAUGAAAAACGCGGAGGAAGCAGCAGAAGAGGGACCUUGAUCGAGCGAUUGGUCCGUCCGCUCAGCCUUGUCGACUAUUAACCAAUUGCAACUGCGACUUAGAGGACCAACGGACAAUCAGCCUUUGAAAACCUCACGCAUUUGGGUAGGAUCAAGCGACUUCACUGCACAUCAAGGUCGUCCCAGCUCGUGUUACGCGAAUGCAGCUCUGUUGAGUCUCGGUAGCUACCGCACAGCACUGUAGGCUCAGGGCUACUUACACCAACCAUGCACGGUGGACGCCUUCUCAGCCUCGGGCGCCUGCAGCCCGCAGUACAAACCUUGUGCGUCGCAGCCGGGAUCGACCUGCCUAUCCACAGGGGCAGUGGCAGGUAUCGGCUUCAGAUGCGGGCUGGGAGGUCUCAUGCUAGCAGCUUUAGGUUUCCUCGCUUGGUGCAGGCUGGAAAUAGUUCUGCGCAGAGCCAUAAUCGAUGACAACACCGAAAGGGAUUCGGGCGUUCAGGGGGAUUGUCCGUCUGGGCUUCUCCAUGUCUGUAAACUUGGCAAAGUCUUCUUCUUUGAAGUUAGGCGAUAGCUUCUCGAGGCAAAAGAAGAGGCAGCCUGGCGGUUUCUUUGAUUCUUGAACUCGCUAGGGUUGCUGUAUGUGAUGAAUAUUUUGGGCUGAGGACUCGGCGUCAUAUCUGUACAGUCGUGGUCCAAUUAGUCCCUCCAAGUCGGAUCGAAGGCAAUUGUGAGUAAGAGGGUCAUAGUCCAUAGAGGGUGUGGACAGACAAGUGGCGUUAUCAAAGAAUCUGUCAUGGUCACCCAGGUCUGCUCUUACAACAAGAAUAGAGUCAGACGCUGACUUCGAUUGAGCGCUCCAAGAAGCGAGACUCAGCACAGUAGAUCAUGUUGCAACGCAGGAAUAUGGGAGAGGCUGAUUUUCAAAGGUCCGAUCUUGAUUAUGUCAGCGCCAAGCGAGCUCCGUACAUGGCG